CGGGAGACCUGGCGGAGCUGGGGGUGGGGGGCUAGUUUUUGCAACGGCUAAGGAAGGGCCUGUGGGUUUAUUAUAAGGCGGAGCUCGGCGGGAGAGGUGCGGGUCGAAUCCGAGCCGAGCAGAGAGGAAUCCGGCAGUAGGGAGCGGACUCCAGCCGGCGGACCCUGCAGCCCUCGCCUGGGACAGUGGCGCGCUGGGCAGGCGCCCAAGAGAGCAUCGAGCAGCGCAACCCGCGAAGCCGGCCCGCAGCCGCGACCCGCGCAGCCUGCCGCGCUCUCGCCGCCGGUCCGGGCAGCAUGAGGCGCGCGGCGCUCUGGCUCUGGCUGUGCGCGCUGGCGCUGAGCCUGCAGCCGGCCAUGCCGCAAAUUGUGGCUACUAAUUUGCCCCCUGAAGAUCAAGAUGGCUCUGGGGAUGACUCUGACAACUUCUCCGGCUCAGGUGCAGGUGCUUUGCAAGAUAUCACCUUGUCACAGCAGACCCCCUCCACUUGGAAGGACACGUGGCUCCUGACGGCUACUCCCACGUCUCCGGAACCCACUGGCCUGGAGGCUACAGCUGCCUCCACCUCCACCCUGCCGGCUGGAGAGGGGCCCAAGGAGGGAGAGGCUGUAGUCCUGUUAAAAGUGGAGCCUGACCUCACUGCCCGGGAGCAGGAGGCCACCCCCCAACCCACGGAGACCACACAGCUCCCAACCACUCAUCAGGCCCCAACGGCCAGAGCCACCACAGCCCAGGAGCCCGCCACCUCCCACCCCCACAGGGACAUGCAGCCUGGCUACCAUGAGACCUCAGCCCCUGCAGGACCCGGCCAAGCUGACCUUCACACUCCCCGCACAGAGGAUGGAGGUCCUUCUGCCACCGAGAGGGCUGCUGAGGAUGGAGCCUCCAGUCAGCUCCCAGCAGCAGAGGGCUCUGGGGAGCAGGACUUCACCUUUGAAACCUCUGGGGAGAACACAGCUAUAGUGGCUGUGGAGCCUGACCACCGGAACCAGUCCCCAGUGGAUCCGGGGGCCACAGGGGCCUCGCAGGGUCUCCUGGACAGGAAGGAGGUGCUGGGAGGGAUCAUUGCUGGAGGCCUCGUGGGGCUCAUCUUUGCUGUGUGCCUGGUGGGUUUCAUGCUGUACCGCAUGAAGAAGAAGGACGAAGGCAGCUACUCCUUGGAGGAGCCGAAACAAGCCAACGGAGGGGCCUACCAGAAGCCCACCAAACAGGAGGAAUUCUACGCCUGACGCGGGAGCCAUGCACCCCCUCCGCCCUGCCACUCACUAGGCCCCCACUUGCCUCUUCCUUGAAGAACUGCAGGCCCUGGCCUCCCCUGCCACCAGGCCACCUCCCCAGCACUCCAGCCCCUCUGGCCGCUCCUGCCCACGGAGUCCUGGGGCAUGCUGGGAGCUCCACUCUGCUUCUCUGACUUCUGCCUGGAGACUUGGGGCACCAGGGUUUUCUCGAAUAGGACCUUUCCACCACAGCCAGCACCUGGCAUCGCACCAUUCUGACUCAGUUUCUCCAAACUGAAGUAGCCUCUCCCCAGGCCCAGCUCUGGAGGGGAGGGGGGAUCUGACUGCUUUGGACCUAAGUGGCCUCAUGUGGCUGGAAGAUUCUGCGGGUGGGGCUUGGGGCUCACACAUCUAUAGCACUUACUGGUAGGACCAAGCAUCUUGGGGGCGUGGCCGCUGAGUGGCAGGGGACAGGGGUCCACUUUGUUUUGUGGGGAGGUCUGAUCUAGAUAUCGACUUGUUUUUGCACAUGUUUCCUCUAGUUCUUUGUUCAUAGCCCAGUAGACCUUGUUACUUCUGAGGUAAGUUAAGUAAGUUGAUUCGGUAUUCCCCAUCUUGCUUCCCUAAUCUAUGGUCAGGAGACAGCAUCAGGGUUAAGACCUUUUUUUUUUUUUUUUUUUUUAAACUAGGAGAACCAAAUCUGGAAGCCAAAAUGUAGGCUUAGUUUGUGUGUCGUCUCUGAGUUUGUCGCUCAUGUGUGCAACAGGGUAUGGACUAUCUGUCUGGUGGCCCCGUUUCUGGUGGUCUGUUGGCGGGCUGGCCAGUCCAGGCUGCCGUGGGGCCGCCGCCUCUUUCAAGCAGUUGUGCCUGUGUCCAUGAGCUCAGGGCUUUGCUGAGGCCUGGGCCACUGCCACAUUGGAGAAGCCCAUGUGAGAAGUGAAUGCUGGCAGCUCAGCCUUCAGACUGAGAGAGGACUGUAGGGAGGGCGGCAGGGGCCUGGAGAUCCUCCUGCAGACCAGGCCUGUCCCGCCUGUGGCGCAGUCUCUGGGAGCUGCUUCCUCCUGGAAAUUGACAAGGGGCGGCAUCCUCCUGGAAAUUGACAAGGGGCGCAUCCUCCUGGAAAUUGACAAGGGGCGUCUUCCUCCUGGAAAUUGACAAGGGGCAUCUUGGGCAGAGCUGGCUCUGAGUGCCUCCAUCCAAGGCCAGGUUCUCCGUUAGCUCCUGCGGCCCCGCCCUGGGCCCUGGGCUGGAAUCAGGAAUAUUUUCCAAAGAGUGAUAGUCUUUUGCUUUUGGCAAAACUGUACUUAAUCCAAUGGGUUUUUCCCUGUACAGUAGAUUUUCCAAAUGUAAUAAACUUUAAUAUAAAGUAGACCUGUGAAGGCCACUGCCUUCGCUUCUUGCCUCUGUGCUGUGUGUGACGUGACCGGACUUUUCUGCAAAUACCAACAUGUUGGGAAACUUGGCUCAAAUCUCUGUGCCUUUGUCUUUCCUAUGGGGAGGGAUUCUGGUUCCAGGGUCCCUCUGUGUAUUUACUUUUUUGUUUUGGCUGAAAUUCUUCUGGAGGUCGGUAGGUUCAGCCAAGGUUUUAUAAGGCUGAUGUCAAUUUCUGUGUUGCCAAGCUCCAAGCCCCAUCUUCUAAAUGGCAAAGGAAGGUGGAUGGCCCCAGCACAGCUUGACCUGAGGCUGUGGUCCCGGCGGACGUGUGGAGCCGAGGCCUGCCCCGCAGACAUCUAGGACGUCCUCCUCCCACCUGGUUGCAGAGGCCAGAGGCCCCCAGCCCAGGGCUCCUGCACUUGCUUAUUUGACAACAUUUCAGUGGCUCUGUUGGCCACUCUGAAAGGUGGGCCAGUCUGUGUAUCAGAGAUGCACCGCCAAGCUAAGGGUACCUGUGCCCAGUAUUCGAUACUGCGACUUUCUGCCUGGAGUGUAUGACUGCACAUGACUCGGGGGUGGGGAAAGGGGCCAGCUGAUCAUGUUCGUCUGCUGGUCCGUGGGACGGUGCCCAAGCCAGAGGCUGGGUCCAUUUGUGUAACAGCAAUAAACGGUACUUCUCAUUUCGGGCAA